UUUAUCGUUUUCUUGCGGCUGGGGCGGUUGACGUUGGCUGGCGCGUGCCGAACAUGAAGCAGCGCCCCGGAGGAGGGCGAAGAAGCGGGCGGCAAUAGGACCUGCCGGAUCGCGGAGCGCUCAUCCCUCAUCUCAGAGGCGGCCGCGCGGGGAAGGCGAGCGCUGCAGGGGCCAGGGCGGAUAGCGGCCGCGGCUGGUUGAGAAGCAAGUCGGCGAGAGGCAGUUGAAGGGAUGGAUUGAUGGUUAAAGAUGGAGAGAGGCAGAGGAGGAGGAGGAGGAAGGAGUGUGGGGGGCUCUGGCCUACACAGGAGCAUUUACUCCCAGUCCCAGCAGCAGUAUCAUUAUCCUGCCUCCUCUUCUCAGGCGGGCUGCAUGGAAAUCCAGGAGCUGGCUUCCAAAAGAGUGGACAUCCAAAAAAAGAGAUUUUAUCUGGACGUGAAGCAAAGUUCCCGAGGUCGUUUUCUGAAGAUAGCUGAAGUCUGGAUAGGAAGAGGCAGGCAGGACAAUAUCAGAAAAAGCAAGCUGACUCUAUCUUUAUCAGUAGCUUCUGAGUUGAAAGAUUGCCUGGGUGAUUUCAUAGAACACUAUGCCCAUUUGGGCUUGAAAAGCAGCCAGAGUCACCGGAAUGACCAUGCUAAUGGCAAAGAACAAGAUUCAAGAAGGCGGCAACACCAUCAACUACCCUCGCCUCCAGCUUCAGUGGGAUCUGAGGAACAUCUUCAUAGCGUCUUAAAAACUGAAUAUAUCGAAAGAGAUAAUAGGAAAUAUUACCUAGACUUAAAGGAGAAUCAACGUGGACGUUUCUUAAGGAUUAGACAAACCUUGAUUAGAGGACCUGGCAUGAUAGGAUAUUUUGGUCACAGUUUGGGGCAGGAACAGACUAUUGUCCUCCCAGCACAGGGAAUGAUUGAAUUCAGGGAUGCUUUGGUCCAACUUAUUGAAGAAUAUGGGGAAGGAGACAUAGAAGAAAGGAGGAGUGGAGGGGAUGAUCCUCCUGAACUCCCAGAGGGGACUUCCUUCAGGGUGGACAACAAGAGGUUCUACUUUGAUGUGGGAUCUAACAGGUAUGGUAUUUAUUUGAAGGUAAGUGAAGUGAGGCCUCCAUACCGUAAUACCAUAACUGUCCCAUACAAAGCAUGGACAAGAUUUGGAGAAAACUUUAUCAAGUAUGAAGAGGAAAUGAGGAGAAUUUACAAUGGCCACAAAGAGAAAAGAAUGGAUAUCAGAGGGGACAGUGGAGAAGAACAAGAGGGUCUUGAUUAGAAUGUUUUUCAAUGGGCCAAAAAUAAAGCAGAGAAAUGCCAGGAGGUACUGAUAUGUAAUGGUUGGAAGAAGUUGCCUUUCUUUUUGUAAGUUCUUCCCUGUUAUUAGAUAAUUCCAAUAUAUGGGUCUGGUUUUCAUGUUAAAUUACACCCAGCAACUUCUCUGGUUUCUUAUAGGAACAAUUAAUUACCCUGUGAUUCUGAUUCUUAACCUCACAAGUUUAUCAAAUCUGUAUAAUACCACUAAUUCUGUUGUAAUCUUUAAGGAAUAUGUAUAAGGUUUGUGUUGCAGUGUAACAUGAUGCAAAUAUGCCAGAUGAAAUUGAUGUGUUGUAAUAACCAAGAGCAUUUAUGACCAAAACUGACCUUUAAAUUUUAAAUGAUUGUAUUGGGAAAGGUAUAUUUAACUAAGUAAAUCUGCUCGUUGCAUUAUGAUAAAAUAUUUUUAAGGGAGGAAGAAUUGGCCAGUGAUAAAUCGGUGAUUAGGUAUGGGUACCUGAUCAUAGGAUAACCCGGUAAUUUAAGUGAUGCCCUCUAAAUGAUAUAUCUAUGUUUAAUGCUGAUCAUGUCAUCCCUUCUAUAUGGAUUGUUGACAUCUUGUGAGGAGAGCUUAUUUAAAUAGUACAAAUCUCAAAACUAUUUUUAUAUUUGUGGGGUUAAGUGGUUCUAGGAAGUUGCUGUGAUGUGGGAAUUUAGUAGCUGAACAAUCGUUGGAAUUAAAAUUCUAAACAGGAAGGUUAAAUGUCUACAGUGUGGAAAAACAUUAGAAUAAUUUGUGAUUUAUCUUCAAAAAAUACUUUGAGAGAUUUUGGUGCAUCAGUUAGUUGGUAUCCUGCAGAUCAGAUUUCACAUUGGUGCAAUUAAAGUAUUCAGUAAUAGCUAUUGAUCUUAUUUUGAAAUUUUAGCUCAGAAAUAUUUAUUCCAAAUUAUAAUCUGUAUUUUUAUUUUGCUAAACAUUAACCCAUGUUAAAAAAUAUCAAGAAAGUGACUGGAGAAGAUUUAUCAUGAAACAGAAAUGAAAUAUAUAUAUUGUUUGUUUGGCAUCACUUAAGACUUCAAUUAUCUAUAUUUAAAUGGGAAUAUAAUAAACUGAAUACAGUGAAGCUAAAUACAGUAUUGCAUCAACAUGGCAAGGACUGUGCUGUUAAUCACAUUUUAAAUUGGAGUUCAGAGUGCCCAAGCUUUUGCUUUUGACCAUUCUGUGUAAGCUAUUUCUAUGUUGAAACCUAGUACUUUUUCUUUAAAAGAACUAGAUUGGUUGGUUCAGGCUCAAUAUUCAUUUCUUUUUCAUAUCCAGGUGCUCUACUAGCCAAGGAGCAUGAUUUUCUAGUUUUAGUUGUAUUUUUCUUGGUAUUUCCAUUUCAGCACCAUUUUAAAACUAUGCUGUGACCUCCUUUCUCAAGGAUUGUUAGUAAAAAUGGAGAUCAUAUCCUUGCAUUUUAUUUAGUGUGAAAAGUUGCCCAAAUGCUUUUAUUUAGAAAGAAAAGAAAAAAAGAUUGCACCAAAAUCAUCAAAGGAACUUUAGAAAUUUGUGCCGUAGUUGUGACAAAGGAAAAGAAAAUUAAUGUCACUGUUUUAGGUGAUUUACCCAAUAUUUGGAAAUUUGACCUAAUGAGUAUUUGGCUGUUUCAGAAAUAACUAAUAAUGUUUAAUUUCAAACUCAAAUCUAGUUUUAAUUUUUCAAUUACUAAUAGUCUGUGGGCCAGAGCAAGUCAUGAAAGAUUCUAAGUAAAUACUGGUAUGAAAGUAUAUGAUCUAAGGUGGAAAAUUAGAGGUCUAAUGUGCUGUUGUUGAUUUGAUAGCAGACUUGUAGUAAAUUGUCUAAGCCUAAAUUACCAUUCUGCUAAUUUGCUGAUGCACAUCCCAAUGCCUGUAGUAAUAGUAAUGUCCAGUUAUACAACAUGGAAUGCAUGAAUGUAUGAAUUCCUGAUGCUCACAUUUUCCCAUCUCUUGCCUUUCUAUUUUUCCUAUUUCAUCAUAUAUAACAGGUUUUGUUUAAAAAAAAUCAAUUGAUACAUUUUUAUGGAAACUUUACCUUAUCAAAUUUAAUAGAAACACACAUAUUAAUGUUCUAUUUUUGGUGUUUCAAGAACACAUUUCUUCUGCAGCUUUUGUUUAGCAAAUAGAUAAAAUGUUAUUUACCACUAGAGUAAAAGUGUAUAUUAGUUAAUAUACUGGCCUAUACAAGUUUGCACUACUUUAUCUUGUUUUUGUAUUGAGCCAGAUAGUCAGCAGUCCCUGUUUAUAUUGCUGUCUUCCCCCACCCCAAAUUUGUGUAUUCCUGUGCCACUAAAUAAGAUUUGUUUCCUCUGUAUAUAGGCACACAUUGCCAUGUUCUUCAAAUCAGUGAAUGACUUAAACACAGAUGUGAGCAUCUGAGAGGGAUUACACAUGAGCCUUAAUAUAUAUAU